AUGAGGGUCCAAGCGAUUCCCACCCCUACAGUUCAGGCCUUUAAGCGGCGAAAGUUUAAUCCUGAGGCCAGAUUGGAUGUCAUUUUUGUUGACAGUGAACAAAUAUCCGAAGGUUCAGUAGAUGGUGGUGGACCCACUCGGGAGUAUUUAAGAUUGCUUAUGAAAGCCAUUCAACAGUCCAGCAUAUUUGAAGGACCAGAGACAGAUAAGACACUGGCUCUCGAUAGUCAAGCCUUAGAAGGAAAACUAUACACACAGAUAGCACGGAUGAUAUCUGUGUGUGCAAUACAUGGAGGUGUGGCACCAAAUUUCUUCUCGGAGAGGUUGUUUAAUCAGGUGUGUGAUAAACCCACUGCCCGUGCAACAUUGGAUGAAGUGAGUGAUGUCACAUUCAAAGAAAAACUACUAAAAAUUAAAGAAGCAAGAACUGUUGAAGAUGCAAAAGCUGCAAUAGAGGAGGCAGAGGACAGCCUGGCUAUUGUUGGGUCUUGCAGAAUCAUCACAACACUGAAGCAGAGGGAUGCCCUUGUGCAAUCUGCUGUCAAUUUCUUUGUUGAGGGCAGAUUAAAUGUUGCAUUGCAACAGUUUGUGGAGGGCUUCACCACACUUGGACUCCUCAAAGAGAUGAGAGCACACCCAGAUCUGUUCCAUAGCAUGUUUGUGAAGGAUGUGAGGCCUUUGAAGGCUAGCGACCUCUCAACACUUUUCCAAGUCAGCUUUUCAGCAUCAGGGACACACAAAAGAGAGCUAGAAAACCAGACCGUAUGCUACUGGCGAGACUGGCUAAUUGAUGUUGAAGGUACAAUAAUUUAAGUCUGUUUUUGUU